AGAAAUAAUAAAGCGAAAACAAAAGGCCAAACACGCACACAGAGAUCUAAGAUCCAAAAUCCAAACGCUCAUAUACUAUUUCUUCAUCUAAGUGUUAAUAAUAAAAACAAAGUUUGAGAAGCGGUUUGCAGCCAACCAUGUCAAGGAGGCAAGGUACUUCCACGCGCCGUUUAGUCGACAGCGGAAACAUCCCAUUUGCCGCUGCCUUACAUUCCAAAUCUCGAUCUCCUCCCAUUUUAUCCAUCGGUCUUGUUGUUGUGGGAGUUAUUCUUCUUAUUGGUUAUGCUUAUAGUGGUUCAGGUAGAUUUCGAGGUGCAGCAGUUAGUAGGAUAGAAGGUGACUAUUCAUGCACAUUAGAAGUUCAGAGGGCAAUACCUUUUCUAAAGAAGGCAUACGGUGACAGCAUGCACAAGGUUUUGCAUGUAGGCCCUGAUACCUGUUCAGUUGUCUCUAAACUUUUGAAAGAAGAGGAGACUGAGGCAUGGGGUGUAGAACCAUAUGACAUUGAGGAUGCUGAAUCAAAUUGCAAGAAUCUUGUAAGCAAAGGGGUUGUACGUGUGGCAGAUAUCAAGUUCCCUCUACCCUAUAGAGCAAAGUCAUUUUCUCUUGUUAUCGUGUCAGAUGCCCUUGAUUAUUUGUCUCCAAAAUACCUGAACAAGACUCUUCCUGAGUUGGCAAGGGUGGCCUCUGAUGGUCUAGUUAUUUUUGCUGGUUACCCUGGCCACCAGAGGGCUAAAGUGGCAGAGUUAUCCAAAUUUGGGAGGCCGGCUAAAAUGCGGAGUUCAACUUGGUGGAUUCGGUAUUUUGUCCAGACUAGUUUGGAAGAAAAUGAAGCUGCCAUUAAGAAGUUUGAGCAGGCUGCAUCAAAGAAGUCAUACCAGCCGGCAUGUCAAGUAUUUCACUUAAAUACAUACCAUUGAUAUAAAAGGAAAAAAAUCACCUCAAUUCAUUAAGGUACAAGUUUUCAAUUAUGUGUCCUGGUAAAAAAAAUUAGCUUCAGCUCUCGUAUGAAAAUAUAGCCUACCUGUGUGGGUAAAACUAAAUUUGGUAAAAGAGAUGCAUCUGUCUCUCGUGUUGUGCACUUAACAUUGCAAACU